AUGUUGUCUUUAAAACGGGAGCUUAUUGGUCAGCAAGCUAUGUUUACAAAACCCAUUCAAGAUUUAGAAACAGCUACAGAAGUUAGUUAUGAAAUUUCUCGAAUGAUAGCAAAGCGAAGUCGCCCCUUCAAUGUUGGGGAUUUUGUAAAAGAAUGCAUAGAAAUUGCCGCUAAGAAAAUGUGUCCAGAAGCAGCAAAAAAGUUUGAGAAAAUUCAACUGAAUCGUAUGACUAUCCAAAGACGAAUUAUGUCUUUGGCAAGUAAUAUUGCGGAACAAUUAAAUGAAAAAACUAAGAUCAUUGAAUUUUUUUCAUUAGCACUCGACGAAUCCACUGAUAUUAGUUCCACAGCUCAACUUCUGAUUCAUACGAGGUGUUACUCAAGAUUUUGA